GCAGCUACCAGCGCGCCUGCACCAAGCAGGUUUGUCUUCAUCUCAGAAUUAUCUUCUCUCCCUUCUGAUACCAAAGUGAGGUGCCUUGGUUGUGUAGUCCGGUACGAUCUCGCUGAGGGUCGUCUCCUCCUUGAACAUGCCUUUCCAAAGCUAGUCCAGUCCCGCUAUCAGAUUUGGGUCGACGUUAAUCUUGUCCUUGAAAGCAUCGACCCGCAGGCUUUAUAUCAAGGUUCUUGGGUCAAUAUAAUUGGUUACACGAGACAUACACCUUCUCUAGGCGAAAGCAAAGAUGGCCCCGAGCAGCAGAACUCUGAACAAUGCCUAACUCUUCAGGCGGUAUUGAUAUGGGAUGCUGGCCCUCUCCAGAUAAACGACUAUACUUCGACUCUAGAAGAGCAGAGACUUAUUCAACGACGCUCAAAGGCUGGACACAGC